GUACACAACUGUCUGCCUACUGCAAACAAAGCAUUUAAAUUUGCUUAUGCUAAAUUUCCAUCCGCUACUGCUGCACUCGAAAAGUGGCAAAACCGGUUGCCUCGUCACUGUGUUGUGGUUUGUUCCUGAUGUUGUUUGCAGUUUGUUUCUUAAAUAUCUAAUAACUUGUAUAUUGCUUUUUACAAUAAUGCUGUGCUCCAAGUUUUUGUUGUAUCCCGAGAUUGUUGUACUUUUCUUUGUAAUUAUCCCCGAUAUCUUCUGUACGAAAUGUACCGUGAGGAUUAGUGAGAUCAAUAUUAACGGGCCCAAUGAGCGCGACAAGGCCCAUGAUGCGGAAUUUAUCGAGCUCAUCUCGAAUUGCGCAGGACCAGGAAUUACCGAUCCUUCAGGGAUUAUUUCUCUGCACGAUUAUGCCAUUGUAAUGUGGCGCGGAGGGAAAACCGCGCAUGAUCCCGUGGAAGUGCAGUAUGUGAUAAAACUGCAAGGCCAGUCCUUCUCCAAAAAAUCCCCUUUAUUAGUCAUCGCCGCGCCUGGAUUGUAUCAGCGUUUAGUGAAUAAUACCGAUGUUAUCCAAGGCGGAGCGCAUCUGAUCUCUUCCGAUGAAUUAGUACCCAAAGUCGAAUCGAAGAACAUCCACGAUGCGGGUUUUCUGGAUAACGGGAAGAAGCGGACCAUGGGGGUGGCGGUGUACAGUAACGGAGUGUCCCUUGCUCCCGGGGAUUUUCUGGACGCCCGGACCGCCAAUCUGGAGAAGCUGGACGAUAUCCUCCUGUACCAUGAACACGGCAGUGGAAAGCAGUUUGCGGAUAUUUUCUUCCAAGGAUACGAGCUCCCGGGGAUUGACGCGCAUCGUUUUGGGCUGUUUCUGCGCGAUCUGCCCGGGAAGCACGAGAGGCACGAGGAUAAAAAGGCGGAUUACGCGCUGAGUUACUGCUGUGUGGGGAAGGAGCUGGCCAAAUGGCCGUUGGCUUUUAAGCGCACCGAGAUGUCGCCGGGACUGGAAAAUAAAUGUGAUGCCCCGGUUGCCAAGUUUGUACUGGAUGAUAAUAUUGGCUCCAAGGUGACGGUGAAAAAUCGGUGUGAUCCGGCGGAAUUGGCGCGGGAGGCCAAGUUGCCUACGGAGAAACCCAAAACCCAUCACGGCAAGAAGAAAGGUACCGGUUUGGGAAACGAUACGCUGGAUGCCGUUGCGCAGGCGCUUCUCGGCGGAACCGAUAUGUCGAAAACGAUGGACUCGCUGGAGCGACAAGUAUCGAUGCUUGCGAGUGUAAUCGGCGGUUUAGUGAGCGUUGGCGGGAUAGUGAUAAUCGUUAUCCUGACUGUCUACGUCCGGCGCAAACGACGACAGUUGCGCGCCGCUGGCCAUGUGCCAUUGAAUCCAGUGCGGGCACCGUUUACCAUGGAUGAUGAUGAUGAUGUUCGCUAGAAAUGGCCCCGUCUGUGAUGUGCGCUUUGCGCAGUUGAUAAUGAUUUGGAAUGGAUUGAUAUAAUGAUUUGGAACUGUGAAUCUGACUUUAAUGGCAAGGAAUGUAACGGCGUCUGUAUGACUAUCUAUAUUGUAUUAUAUUAACUGCAACCUGGUGGGGUUACUCUAGUGACAUGUAUUAGGUAUGUGUUUUUAUUGUGUGAAUUAUUUUCUUUUGUUGUUUUAACUGGCGUUGUUUUAUAUGAGUAUCUAUGUGAUUUUGUUUUGUACAACGCUUAAGCGAUUUCUUAGUUUCUUGUUAGAUUGUAGGAUGCCGCAACUGGAUUUGCUGGCGUAAUUAUUUUUGUCUUAAGUCUCUGAUUAUGAUUUGUACAAGUCUUCAGAUGCUGUCAUUGCUCGAAACUGUGGACAGAUUGACAUAAAUGACGCUGAUGA